AUGGCGUCUGACAAUGAAGAUCCACCGUUGUCACCGACUGGCCCCAUCUCUGAGAUACUGAAGCUGAAUGACGAUUGCCUGGAAGAGAUUUUCGAGCGACUGCCGGAUUUGCCUACUGAGAUUUACUUCUCCGAAGUCUGCCAGAGGUUUCAAAACAUUGCCUUGGGAAAAUGGCGGAUCAGCCAUACCUAUGACACGAUGGAUCUGGAAAAAUGGCGAGAACUGCUGCCCAACUUUGAUGAUUUAUAUUACUUCAUCCAUUUGAUGCAGCCGUAUAUAAAGGAAAUGUACGUCAGUAGCUGUCUUUGCACAUUGCUCAAGGAUUUGGAUGAAAUACACAUUACGGAGCUGCCCCAAGUGACCAGCUUUUAUUACGAUCCCGAGGACGUGGAUUGUUAUCCAUCGAAUCGCAGCAUACGCAAAUUGACCCUCAUUGUGCCUGGCGUGCGUAGACUUCGCCUAACCACUCCUACAGAUGGGCGGUAUCUCUCCCGCUUUAAGCAUCUGAAAGAACUUCAUCUGUAUGAGGAUCAGCACAAGGCCUACGAGCUGCGCCAGCAGUAUCUGGAUGAGGUGUGCCAUCGGUGCGACCUCCAAGUGCUGGACAUACGAACAUUCGAUGGAAUCAGUAAGCUGCGCCUCAACAACUGCGUUAAAUCUCUCCAGAGUCUCACCACCCUCAAGCUCAAUCUGGCCACGAUCAAGUCAGUGCUGCCCGAAAUCAUGAAGCUGCCGUCGCUCAAACAACUGGUAGUUCUCCUCUGCUCCGAAUGGCACAUUCCCGCAGAGGUCUGCCCGGACGAAUACGAUCCCAAAAUACGAGAAGUCGAGGAGUUCUAUGCGAUUAUGGAGCACAAGGCGAAGGAAAUUACAUGCGUGGCCGUAGAUGGCUACUACAUGCCACUGGAGCCGGGUUGGGACAGGGAUUUGCCAAUUUGGCCGCAUAAGAAACUGCAGCGCCUGGCCAUUUGCAGUUGGGACCAUUCUACCGAAUAUCUUGAGCGCUACACCUGCAUGAAAGAUCUGCAAUUGCUUUGCCUGCGAAAUUGUACCCAUUUGAACGAUGAUGUGCUCCUCAAAUUCGUUGAUCUAUGCCCACGUCUGCAGCACCUGGACGUCUCUUACUGUCGAGAGGUAACACCCAGUUUUCUCUCCCGAGCCCUAAAAAUUCUCAAGCAAAAAGACCCGCAUAGACAACAGACGGGAUACAGCAAGACCCCGCCGUUGUUUAUUUACUAUGUCCUCAGUGGGUUCGAGGACUUUGUCGACAAAGAGAACCUGAAGACCUCUCCAGAAUACAGGGAAUACAUCGUCUUUAAACCAGACUUCCCAGUCCGAUCGGAGCGGGGGCUUAGCUUUGUAGAUCGCGGCUAUCAGUUCGAAUUUAUCUAAUAUCGGAUACAUACGUACAUAUAUAUUGAUUAAUUAUUACAAAAUUAUGUUGCAUAAAUUAAUGAUGUUAAAUUAAAUUAUAUGAAACAGUAUCGAUUGGUAUUUUAGAAUUCUCAUGUUGAGAGUUUUCGAUAUUUCUCUGCAACACUGUCACACUUU